GUUGAUCAGCUUCUAGGAUGUACGGGCAUUUCGUCAUGUUUCUUAAGCUUGGUGCUGGUCCGUGAGCUGAACACCCCCUCAAGAUCGGAUACUUUACUGGGGGUCAUCUUUCAUCUCGUUACCGGGUUUCGGACUUCUCAACCUCUCAUCUCUAACUCUAUUUAUUCUGGUUGCUGUUAGCCUUCCCAAACAAAUCAGGACAUAAGGAAUCCAUCAGCACUACUGUCUGAUCCUCCUGGAUCAGUACUGCAGUUAAUUACACUCAGUGACACUUCCACAUUUAAGAACCACGAUGCUUUAAGUCUCUACGCACUUAACCAAGGCACAUAAUACAUCUACUGCAUGUGUCACAUUUAAUCUCGUUGUUGUUUCUGAUCACAGUUCACACGAGCCAAAAAUAUUUUCGUCUUAUAUUCUCCCACUAGUCUUCAUUGUCUAUUAUAUAUCUUUCAUUAUGUCAGGAACAGCUUCUCCACGCAGCGGUCGGCCGCUGACAACCUCCUAUGUGGAUUUGAUGAAGCCAGACGAGGAUUGGAGAAACCUACCUGAUGCAGCUGAGCGGAGGAAAAUUCAAAAUCGUCUGGCCCAGCGGGCAUAUCGGCGCAAUAUGCGAGACAGAACCAAAGAGGUGGAAAAGUUGAAGAAACAGCUCCAGCAGUUGCAGCAGUCUAUGAGUGCAGACCCCUCAACAACACCACCGCCUGAGCAUGAUCUCUCUUCUGGCGGUAGAAGUCCGUCAAAUAUAGGGGAUGUUCAUUCUUCAGGGGCCGACGUGACAGCAUCGACAACACCCAAUGGCUCAAGGCGGGUGAAUGAUUACCUCCAGAACUGGUCUCACACUUCGGGAGCCGAGCAGUUGCACGGACUUGGGCUUACGACGGAUGGAGAAAGCUCUCUCGGAUAUGAUUCGGCGUCGUAUUUUCCUCAAAUCCAAACUUCUAACGACGUCGUUACGGACCUGCCCAUUACCAGUCGCCGAGCUCGCGCUGUCACAGCCAACGUCCCGUCCACACAUAUAUCGCAUUCGCAUCACCUGCGGAGUAACAGCAUACCGCCGAUCUAUUCCUCUACUUGUCAUAGCCCAAUGCCGUGGGGACAAGGUGCAGCAGCAGACAAUCACGACGGACUUCGAGUUUCAACGAGUUUUAAUGUCUACAACAACACGGAGGAUAUAUCUAUGUACCAAACCGAAUCAUCAUAUUCGCUUGACGAGGGAGUUGCACAGAGCACCAAUGCGUACGCUGCAUCACCCGACUCGGAUUUAAAUAGCCCCACGGGCUGGUCGCCACUAGACAGGAAAGCAGGCAGCGGAAGACCGAGCAACUCAGCGUUAGCAUCAGCUUUCCUCACGUCCACCGGCAGCAUCGUGGAGGGCAUCUCCGAACUACAGCACCAGUUCCCCGAGACGACGGCGCCGCUACUGCAUUUCGCGGUGGCGGGUGGCCACAUCGACACACUGCGACUGCUUCUUCAGCGCUACGACGUGAACGUCAAUAGCCGCGACAGCGCAGGCUACACGGCGCUGCAGCGGGCCGUCAUGGCCGGGCGCACUGACAUGGCAGCGAUGCUACUCGAGCACGGCGCCGUGGUCGACGACGACAGCUGGACCGCCGAGCUCGCGAGCCACCACUCCAAGAUGGAAACCCAAUAAUGACCUCAUAUCCUUUCAUGCUUUAAUGCAAGGCAAAUGAUGGUAUCUACCUACAUACUACAUCAUGUGGGGAGAGCUUGUACGUUGGUGUGAUGAUUAUCCAUAAUUCGGGUUUCAGAGUUUGCCCGUCUACUACUACUAC